UAGAAGAAUAUUUUGCUACGAAAAUUAAGUUUGACGUAAGAGCCUACAAAAUUUUCGAGUGCACUCGCAAAACACAAAUCCAGCUACAUGUAACAUGUUCUCACUGAAUUCCAUAAACACCCAAAAUCAGAUUUUAGUUAGUUUUAGCCAACUAUCGGCCCGCUACUCCAGUGUUUUCAGGCACAGAAAGCACAGUUAUGGUAAAAACAAGAAUGUUAAACGGAAAGAGAGCGCGGCGUUGACAUAUGAUGCAACAAUUUGCAAGGAAAGCUUUCAAGAGGCCAUCAAGAAUUUGGACAAAGAUGUAUUAGUGGAAUUGAAAAAAGUGGACAUCCGCUCGCUUGCAUCAUGCCCUCGCGUCUCAAGGGACACAGAGCGUAGUCUAUCCCCUAGAAAGAUCUCUUAUGUAUCAGCAGAUUCCUUUGAGAAAAAUAAAAAUGGUUGGUCGGCCCAACCUCCACAACGAGGUUUUCUCAGCUUCACUGACCAGUUUGUGGGGUUAUUAACAAGUAGUAUCCAGCAGAGGGGCUUCGAUAUCCAAGUGCGAGGCUUCAAGACAGAGAGAGGGAUCCAUGCAGACUUGAAACGGAACCCGAACCUGAUUAAUAGACUGCGUAAGUUCUUCGGGUUUGCAGCGGAGCCCCCAAUCAGUAAGGACAAGCAGGCUUUAGGACCAGACGUGGCGCCACGCCUUGAGAAGCUGCUCGGAGAUGACUCGCCACUCACUAGUCAGCAGAAAGAUAAGAUCAAGAUCGCCUUCGCUGAGGGAUAUUUAGCAGGUUCCCACCCGGACAACGCGCGCGGCACCAAGGCCUCCAAGUACCUGAAGGUGGUGCAGCAGCUGCUGACCAUCGUGCUGUUCCUGGCCAUCUUCGUCAGCCUCAUGGCCUCCGUCAGCGGCACUGUGUUCCGGAUCCAGCUGGGCAACCAGGUGGAGGUGGACCCUGAGGACAUCUCCGUGACUUUCGACGACGUCAAGGGUGCCGACGAGGCCAAGCAGGAGCUGAAGGAUGUGGUGGAGUUCCUAAAGUCCCCGGAGAAGUUUUCAUCCCUCGGGGGCAAGCUGCCCAAGGGCGUGCUGCUGGUGGGCCCCCCGGGCACGGGGAAGACGUUAUUAGCCCGAGCGGUGGCCGGCGAAGCGAGGGUGCCGUUCUUCCACGCCGCCGGACCCGAGUUCGAUGAGAUACUGGUCGGGCAGGGGGCGAGGAGAGUCAGAGAUUUGUUCAAAGCGGCGAAGGAGCGUGCGCCUUGUGUGAUAUUCAUAGACGAAAUCGACUCGGUCGGGGCCAAGAGGACCAACAGCGUGUUGCACCCCUAUGCCAACCAGACCAUUAACCAGCUCCUGUCAGAGAUGGACGGGUUCCACCAGAACGAGGGGGUCAUAGUGCUGGGCGCCACGAACCGCCGGGACGACCUGGACCAGGCGCUGCUGAGGCCGGGGCGGUUCGACGUUGAGGUGACCGUGCCAACACCGGACUACGGCGGCCGCCGCGAGAUCCUGGAGCUGUACCUGGGCCGCGUGACGGCCCACGCCGACGUGAGCAGCGACGUGCUGGCCCGGGGCACCACCGGCUUCACCGGCGCCGACCUGGAGAACAUGGUCAACCAGGCCGCUCUCAAGGCAGCGAUAGACGGCGCAAAGACAGUCACAAUGAAGUAUCUAGAAGACGCGCGCGACAAGGUGCUGAUGGGUCCGGAGAGACGCUCCCGGCUCCCUGAUGAAGAGGCCAACACCAUCACUGCGUACCAUGAGGGCGGACACGCGCUUGUAGCUUACUACACCAAGGACGCGCACCCGCUGCACAAGGUGACCAUCAUCCCGCGCGGCCCGUCGCUCGGGCACACGGCCUACAUCCCGGCCAAGGAGCGCUACCACGUGACCAAGCAGCAGCUGCUGGCCAUGAUGGACACCAUGAUGGGAGGCCGCGCUGCUGAGGAGCUGGUGUUCGGACCUGACAAGAUCACUUCAGGGGCCUCGUCGGACCUGAAGCAAGCCACGUCCAUCGCGCAGCACAUGGUCCGCGAGUGGGGCAUGAGCGAGCGCGUGGGGCUCCGCAGCAUGGAGCCCUCGAGGGGCCAGCCCUCGCAGCCCGCGCUGGGGCCUCAGACCAACGAACUGGUGGACACGGAGAUCAAGAAGCUGUUGUCAGAAAGUUACGAACGCGCGAAGACCAUCCUCCGAACACACGCCAAGGAACACAAGGCGCUCGCCGAGGCGCUGCUCAAAUACGAGACUCUGGACUUGGAGGACAUCAAGGCUAUAAUGAACGGGGACAAGCCGGCGCACGAUAAGGGCCGCGCCACGCGCGAGCCCGCGCCCGCGCCCGCGCCGCCGCUGCUGCCGCCGCAACCGCAGCCCCAGCCCGCGUAG